AUGUCCUCUCAUGACAACGCGGACUCACCCUCAUCGUCUGUAGCAAAUGCGGUGACCGCGAUGAAGAUUGAGCAGCACGACGGUGCCGCAGAGAUGCCCAUCUCCAACGGCGGAGAUGCCGUUUUGAAACAUGAUCCCAACGGGUUACUAGACCACUCAUUCACCACCAAAGGUCACUCCGAGAUGGAUGAUCUGGCUUCGUCCGCUAUCAAAUCGCGGAACUCAUCUCGAACUCCAAUCAAAACCGAAAAUGGAGAUUUCACAGCCAAGGCAGAGAAAGUCGGGGGCGAUAUCACUGUCAAGAUGGAACCCGGUCAGCCUCCCAAGUUAUCGCGCAGCUCUUCGCAGAAGGUCGUUGCGCAACCCCCUCAGCUGUUUCUGCAUUUGCCGGACAGCACGGCGGAAGCGCAAUCGACUUUUGAAGUGAUGGAAACUUGUACCUAUGCCAAUAAAUACAUGGGUUAUACUGAGCAUGCCAUGGAAUGCGAUUGUGCUGAAGAAUGGGAGCCGUCCGUGUCCAAGAAUCUGGCAUGUGGAGAAGAUUCUGAUUGUAUCAAUCGCGCUACGAAAAUUGAGUGCGUGGGUGACUGCAGCUGCGGUGCUGAAUGCCAGAAUCAACGAUUCCAGCGCAAAGAGUAUGCAAAUGUCGCGGUCAUCAAGACAGCGAAGAAAGGGUUCGGUCUCCGUGCCGAGACUGAUUUGCGACCGCACCAAUUCAUCUUCGAGUAUGUCGGCGAAGUCAUCAACGAGGCUCAAUUCCGGCGACGCAUGAGACAGUACGAUGAAGAAGGGAUCAAACACUUUUAUUUCAUGUCCCUCAGCAGAGGGGAAUUUGUUGAUGCGACGAAGAAAGGCAACCUGGGUCGCUUUUGCAAUCACUCGUGCAAUCCCAACUGCUACGUCGAUAAAUGGGUCGUCGGUGAGAAAUUGCGUAUGGGGAUCUUUGCCGAAAGGGCUAUUCAAGCCGGCGAAGAACUCGUUUUCAAUUACAACGUCGAUCGUUAUGGCGCGGAUCCUCAACCAUGCUACUGUGGCGAACCGAAUUGCACUGGCUUCAUUGGAGGAAAGACUCAGACCGAUCGUGCUACCAAACUAUCUAAUGCCACCAUUGAAGCUUUGGGUAUCGAAGAUGCUGAUAGCUGGGACACCGCUGUUGCGAAGCGGCCGCGGAAGAAGAAGAUGGGCGAGGAUGAUGAGGAGUAUGUUGACAGCGUGCAGCCUAAGUCUCUAGAUGAGAACGGCGUCACCAAGGUCAUGGCAGCCCUGAUGCAAUGCAAAGAAAAGUGGAUUGCUGUCAAGUUGCUUAGGCGGAUCGAACGCUGCGACGAUGAACGAGUCCGCAAUCGUGUGGUGAAGAUGCACGGCUACCAGAUCCUGAAUUCCCAACUCACCUUGUGGAAGGAGGACUUUAAUGUUGUGUUGCAAAUCCUCGAUAUUCUGGACCAGUUCCCACGUCUUACACGGAACAAGAUCAUUGAUUCAAAGAUCGAAUCCACCGUCCAGCCGCUGACAACUUGUGGAGAUGAGCGGGUCGAGAAGAAGGCAGCCGCACUUUUGCAGCACUGGGCGACUCUGGAAGUUGGAUACCGUAUCCCUCGCAUGAAGCGAGAUCCGAAUGCAGUCGCUUCAGUCAGCCAAUUCGGGCGGAGAGAACAUAAUAAUGAUGAGCAGAAACGAUCUCAAUCUCGUUCGCGUUCAAGAUCCCGGUCGUUGGAUGCUCCUCGCGGGCCAGCGAAUCCCGGUCGGAAGAGCAACGGUCCCAGAAACUCCCAGCAUCACGGUCCCCGUCAGUUCCGCCGCCAAUUCAAUCCUUUGCCUCCGGGAUGGUUCGCAGCCGAAUCACACGGCAGGACAUAUUAUUACUGCGCCCGGGGGGAUGUCACCUGGACUCGUCCGAUUCACGCCGCACCUGAGGUUGAUGUCCCAGCCAGCCAGGCGAAGAACAAAGCCCUACAAGGUAUCAUCGAUGGUAUCUUGAAUGCUAAGGAGAACACGCCGAAGGAGAAGACUGUCACACCAGGCACACCGCAAGCUUCUAAAGAAACGGCGAGUUUCAGUGAAGGGCAGGAGAAGUGGAGAAGUUACAGUGAAGAGAAACAGAAGAAGCUUUAUGAGAACACGCUUUUCCCUCAUAUCAAAUACGUGGUGGACAAAUUCAAACACAAGCUUCCGAAGGAGGAUUUGAAGCGCUAUGCUAAGGAUGUCGCCAAGAAGCUCGUCAACUCCGAUUUCAAAAACAAUCGCGUGGAAGAUCCAACGAAGAUUAGCGAAAAACAACAAAAGAAAGUCAAGGCAUUCUGCAAGGAGUUCUUUGACAAGGCUGUUGCGAAGCACCGAGCUUAUGAGCAGAGAAAGGCCGAGAAGCAGGCAAAGGGAGGUGAUUCGAAAGCAGGAGAAACGGCCAAUGGCCACAACACCGUUGAAGAUGUCGACGUGAACCUGUCUGAUGGCGAAGCAGAAAAGGUUGAAGAGAACGAUACCUUCAUGGACAGCGAUCCGCAAGGCAUUCUCAAGCGCAAGAGGGAAGACGAAGUGGAUCUUGCUGAAGGAAGUGCUGAAGAAGCGAUGUCACCUUCGAAGAGGCAGAAGUCAACAACACCCAUACCUCCUCCCCCGCCACCACCGCCUCCUCUAGGUGAUGAAGAGCAACCCACGCCAGACGGCACUGGAGAAUAUCACUUCCAAGCUGAGAAUGGUGAUUCCAUGCUGCACAGCCCGGAGACUGCACCAACUCCUCCUCCCCCGCCACCUUUGUCAACGGAGCACAGCGACAACGAUGAAUCGGCCCGGUCUCCCGGUAUGAACAAUCAUCUGCUGGAACAGAAACCUUUCCCUGCCCCUUUGCCAGCAGAGGAGUACGACGCCGACUCGGGAAAGCUUCAGUCAAAUCGAAUCGGUAUCGAGGGCCAAGUAUAG